AUGAAUAGUUUCUACCUGUUCCUGGCGGUUGCCGCCAUCUUGUCUCAAAAUGCCCGAUCUGCCGACAUCCUUGUCGCGACAUUAACGUUCGGUAGUCCCUGGAUCGACGUGGCGAAGAUUGCCGAAGUCCUGGCUUCCCGAGGACAUGACGUCACCGUGUUGGCCCAUGCUAGUCAAAAGAGCGACCUCAUGCGGAAAUGGUCAACCUUGCAAUACGAAACGUUUGGAGAUCCAGAAAAACCACCGUCGGUUAAGGAAUUUCUAGAAACUUUGCCUCGAAAGAUGGCAUUUUCUUCAUCUGAUGUCUCAGGCUUCCUGGCCUAUCUCAACACCUCGACGUUUGCUCUGCUUGACUUUACUGAAGAGACGCUGAGCGACACUCAACUACUGAGGAAACUGAAGGACAGUCACUAUGACGUUGUCCUGACGUACGCUGGUCCCUCCUGUGGGCCGCUCGUGGCGCAGUACCUGGACCUGCCGCUAGUCUGCACAAUGAGGUCUUUCCCUAUGGGACAAGACAUCCGAGCCACUGGAUGCCCAAAUCCUCUAGCUUACAUCCCCACAGUGUCGUCAGGACUGUCUGAUAGGAUGACAUUCCUGCAGAGGGUCAAGAACGUCUUGGUUUACUUCGCAUUUUCUACCAUGUCACAGCUUUUCUUCGAGAAGAGUUACGACGACAUCGCAAAACGAACUAUUGGCGACAACUUCACCAUCUCUUCUGCUCUUGCAAGAACGGAAGUGUGGCUCUACCAAUCAGAUCUCAUGUUCGACUUCCCGAAACCCAUGAUGCCAAAUAUGGUCAGCAUAGCAGGUCACGUGGCUCAGGACAUCAACCCGCUUAGUGAGGAUCUGGAGAAGUUAGUGCAGAGUUCUGGAGAUGACGGUGUUGUGUUGGUAACUUUCGGCUCCAUGGUGGCGACCAUGCCCGCAGAGAUAGCCGACAUGCUGGCCGCUGCUUUCGCCCGUCUGCCGCAGAAGGUGGUGUGGCGCUACACCGGAACACCUCCGUCAAGUCUGGGUACCAACACCAGGACCAUGGAGUGGGUGCCACAAAACGAUCUACUAGCUCAUCCCAAGACGAAGGCAUUCGUAUCACACUGUGGUUACAACGGAGUAGCAGAGGCCAUGUACCACGGGGUGCCGCUGGUCGGCAUGCCUCUGUUCAGUGACCAACACGACAACAUUGCCCGGAUGGUGGCCCGCGGGAUGGCGGUGUCACUGGACAUCCACACCGUGACUUCGGAGGAGGUUUACCAGGCUAUCACUACCGUUAUUUCAAAUCCUGUGUACAAGGAGAAUGCCAACAAGGUUUCCUCACAUCUUCGUGACCAACCACAGUCGCCCAUGGAGCGGGCAGUCUGGUGGAUAGAACACGUCAUCAAACAUGGCGGCCUCCCGCAUCUCAGGUCGAGGGCAGCCGAACUUCCCUUCUACCAGUACUAUCUGUUGGAUGUCACUGCUCUGAUUGUGGCAGUUCUAUCUGCCGUGUUGUUGUCUUGUUGGAAGUGCUGUUCGUUUGCAUGCGUUGUCUGCAAGCGCAGCAAGAAAAACGCCAAACUGAAAAGCAAGUGA